AUGCUUCCUCAGGAUAUCGGGAAGCAGAAACCUCGCUGUGUGUCGGAACCAAUGUGCAGUGUAGACAGUCCUCCGGUUCCCAUUCGGCGCUUAAAGAACCGGGAAUUCCCUCUGAGCGUGAAGCGCCGGCGGUCCGGUUCCGCACCUGAGCGCAAGGUGAACUGUGUCCUGGUUGGAGACGGAGCGGUGGGCAAGACCAGCCUCAUCGUCAGCUACACCACUAACGGAUACCCCACAGAAUAUGUUCCAACGGCGUUUGACAACUUCACCGUGAUGGUUGUGGUCGACGAAAAACCAGUGAGGCUGCAGCUCUGUGACAUGGCUGGACAGGACGAGUUGGAGCGCCUCCGACCUCUGUGCUACAAGAACGCCGACGUGUUCCUCCUCUGCUACAGCGUGGUGCGCCCCUGCUCUCUCCGCAACCUGAUCGACAGGUGGGUUCCUGAGAUCCGUCAGCACUGUCCAGAUGUGCCCCUGGUCCUCGUUGGCACCCAGCUGGACCUGAGGGAGGACGUCCAGGUGCUGAUCCACCUGGCACAGAACCAGCAGCGGCCGGUGGGCACAGAGGAGGGCCGGCAGCAUGCAGAGGAGCUCGGCGUGGUGGGUUUUGCAGAGUGCUCUGCGCUGACCCAAAAGAACCUGAAGGACGCUUUUGACGCGGCCAUCUUGGCCAGCAUCCAGCAGAUGGACAGUUGUAGCGUGCAGCAGCAGAGGAUAACUCUGAGGAAGAAGACGCCCGAAAAGAUCAAGAGCCUCUCGGAGACCUGGUGGAGGAGGAUCAACUGUCUGAUGGUGCAGCAGAGCUGUGACUUCAAGUGAACAGCUGCAGAAUUACAAACCUGGGUCAGAUCAUGCAAAUACUCAUUAGAUUAAGUUUGUUCCAGCCUGCUGGCAGAAGGUGCAACAUGGGUUUGGGGAUUAUUACCACGCAGGAAGAGACGUUCUAGAAAGAGCUCAGAAAUGCAGGUUUGUGUCUCACAUGGUGGCAGUUUAAAUCCCCAGUGUGACAGGGAAAGUGUGGGUGAGGAACGCCACUGAGUUUACACAUGAAGAUCAGAUCGGGAGAAAUAUUGAGUUGCAUCUUGGGAAAUGUAGUAUCCGGACUCACACUAAAAAGUCAUGAUAUCUCUACUGCUACGAUAUUUCCUAUUCUUAUAAUAAUCUGCCUCUCACAACUCCCACAAUUUAACAGAAGUACAAUAUGUCAUUUCUGCAGAUAACCUUUAAUAAUUCUCUAAACCUUCAGCUGAAAUGAACUUUGCAGUGCUGAUCGCCUGAAAUAGCUUCUAGAACACAGUACAAACAUUAUGACAUUUUAAAACAAACCCCACAAAUAUUAUCAGAUGUUUGGUUUGAUGCGUCCGACUGUCCAUCAGGCGGAUGGAGAUCUACACUUUAUUUUAUACUCAUUGUGUGUUGUUGGUCACUUUACACCCAAACAUUACUCGUACUUUGUUUGACUUUUAGUUUGUAGUUAAGAGGAGACACUACAGGAAAAAACAUUGUUUUUUUUGUCCUGCAUUGGUCAAUUUUUGCUUCCAUAACAUGUUUCCUUUCAGACUAGAGGAACGAAAUCAUCCAAAAUCCACAUUUCUGAGUUUAUUUUACUAACUUUGUCUAUUUGCAUGCGUAGAUUUCUUCUAAAUUCAUCAAAAGUUAGCAUUAGAUCAGUGUUACUCUUAAUGAUCCUCCUGCGGCUCGCCAAGCUUUAAUUGGUGACUCGCGUGGCAGUGGGCUAAAUAAAGGGGUGGUAGAUAUGAUUUGCGUCAAAUGUGGUCAAUACAGAUUUCAUAAAAACACUCAAAUCAAGCAGGGCUAUUACAUAUAACCCAUUAAAACACAGUGUCUGCUCUAUUAGCCUACAAAUAAUACAUAA